AUGUCUGGCGUAAGUAGUAUUCUCGUUUUUGAGUGCAUUGAUCUUGAAAAUGGUCUAAAUAAUUAAUCUCUUCUCAACCAUCAUCCCACCACAUAAUUUAAGCGUAAUAUAAAUGUACUGUUUAAUUACAGAUUUCUGGUUUCUCGUUAUUACCUUUAGGAUCUACGCAAACAAACUUCGAAGUCAAAGGCCAUUUACGAGAGGGAGAACAAGUACGGUGCCCACAACUAUCAUCCGAUUGAGGUGGCCAUUUGCAAGGGUGAUGGUAAGAUCCAAAGUUCAAUUAAAACCCUCAAUCUUCAGGUGCAUUUGUCUGGGAUGUGGAGGGCAACCAAUACAUCGACUUUCUAAGUGCUUACAGUGCUGUAAGCCAAGGCCAUUGUCACCCAAAGGUUGUUGAAGCACUGAUUGAACAAGCCAAGAAACUUACUCUUACAUCCCGAGCCUUUUACAAUGAGGUUUUGGGCGAGUAUGAAAGCUACAUCACAAAACUGUUCGGGUAUGACAAGGUGUUGCCUAUGAACACAGGUAGGUCAAUGAAAAUCUCAAUCUAUUCGCACGACCAUUUUUGCGAUCAUGAUUUCACUCAAAAAGGCUUAAUCUUGCCAUUAUUCUUCAACCUCUAACCUCGUAUGGUUUUCCGUCUCAGCACCAAGUUCUCUCUUAGAUACCCAUGUCAACGUCAUCUUCGUUGACUAUUUGACAAAGCAUCAAUCUCACUUUUAUGCACUAUAGCCGGUUAGGCCUAGGGAAAUAGGACGCGUAAGUUAGUUAAAAACAGUUGCGCUCCUGCCAAGCAAGAGCUUGAAAUGAUCAUUUCGAAAUAAUCUCCCACCUGCCAGAGGCACUACUUUAUAGCCUGAUUGUUUAACGGCGUCCUGUUAUUUCGCUGCUCCGUCUCCCCUAAAUAUCCUCUUCCAUUCGUUAGGGAGUCUUUUUUCAUUCAUCUAGAGUGAAUUGUCUUCGGUGUUUUAAAAAAUAGACGAUAUUUUGACCUCACGGUCCACCACCUGGAUUAGAAAGGGUCCUGCGGCCCAGUGUGAAAAACGCAAUCGCGAACACUCAAAAUUAUUCGCCAGCUCUUGGUUUUGACACUAUUAUUUGACAGGCGUGGAAGGUGGAGAAACUGCUCUUAAACUGGCUCGAAAGUGGGCAUACAAGGUCAAGGGCAUCCCCAAAAAUGAAGCAAGAAUCGUUUUCGCUGAGCAAAACUUCUGGGGCCGGACCCUUGCCGCUUGUUCGUCUUCAACUGACCCAAGUUGCUAUGAGGAUUAUGGACCCUUCAUGCCGGGCUUUGACAUCGUACCUUACGAUGAUAUUCCCGCCCUAGAGGUAUGUUUUCUGUUUGUCCGCACUUUAGUAGCCGCGGUUCGACCGCAAUAUUCUUGGCCUUUAUCCCUUAACACUACUGUGGUUUUCAUUUUUGUAGGAAAAACUGAAGAAUCCCAACACUUGCGCUUUCAUGGUAGAGCCAAUUCAGGGUGAGGCUGGCGUACGCGUGCCUUCUGAUGGUUACCUUUCUCGUGUCAGGGAGUUGUGCACCAAAUACAAAGUCCUCUUUAUUGCCGAUGAGGUUCAAACUGGUCUUGCUCGGACAGGACGGUAAGAGAGAACUUCAGUGGUUUCUUGUUGUUUGCUUGUACUUCAAAGAACCUUUUUCACUCUACCCCCUCCUCAAAUGUAUGCGUUUAAGUCCUUGCUCUUUGACAGUUCUAUACGCCAAUUAUGUGUGUAUAUAUUGACCAGACAUUUCUCGUUUAUGUUAUUUUAAAAUUUUUAGACGACUUUGUGUCGACCACGAAAACGUAAAGCCCGAUAUUGUCAUUUUGGGCAAGGCUCUCUCUGGUGGCAUCCUUCCUGUGCGUUUAAACUUUUUAAAUGAUCCUCCUUUACAGCUGUUUAAAGCCGAACCUGACUUCUCUUUUUACAUUAUCCACUUUUUGUUUAGGUGUCUGCAGUGCUCGCUAACGACGAGAUCAUGCUUACGAUUAAGCCUGGUGAGCAUGGGUCAACCUUUGGCGGAAACCCGCUUGCGUGCAAGGUUGCAAUGGCCGCUCUUCAGGUACGCUGAGUUCGUCUUAUUUAUGGAUAUGCUGGCAUUGGCAUAGUUAUGCACUGUUUACGCGAUAAAUGUUUUGCAUUCGACUUUUUAGGUUAUGGAAGAGGAGCACCUUGCAGAGAAUGCCGAGAAAAUGGGCAAAUUAUUCCGCGAGUCAAUGGCCUCCCUACCAAAGUCCAUCGUUCGUUGUGUUCGUGGAAAGGGCUUGUUGAAUGCCCUUGUUAUCGAUCCAGGUAUUUUCUUCCUCAACUUUAAUGCUUAUUUUUAAACCCCCUCUGAUACUGUAUGUUUGAGCGUUCGGUUUUUGCUCUUGCAGCCUACAAUGCCAUGGAAAUCUGUCUUAAACUGCGUGAUCACGGCAUCCUCGCAAAACCAACACACGACUACAUCAUUCGAUUUGCGCCACCCCCGGUCAUAACUGAAGACCAGAUGCGCCAAGCGUGUGCGACCAUCCACAAGGUUAUAGAAAGCUACGCUUAA